UAACAAGCACGCUUAGAGAAACCACGGCGUCAUUUUUAGAUAACUUGGAGAUGUUUACCACUAGUUGUCAGCUCUAAAUAUGUUUCGAGGAUUUUUAUGUUUGGCUGUUGUGAUACUUGUGGUUACAAGGAGCAUUGAUUCCCUUGAGUGUUUUUCUUGUUCUGGUGUUUCUGAUCUUGAAACUUGUCUCAAUAUUUCACAAUGUAGCAGUGGUCAGGCAUGCUUUACAAACUCCACCACAUCCGGUCAAACUACACAAUUUACAUUAGGAUGCGUUGAGAAUCAGCAAUGUGGAGGCUUGUCAAAUGGAGCCGCUGGGCUUGUCGGUCGGGAUAUAAGUGAACGCUCGACUCAGUGCCAUGAAUGUUGUAGCACUGAUAGAUGUAAUAACCAGUUGUGCUUUCAUCACAAACCAACAACCUGCAUCGAUGAUGUGAAAGUUGAUUGUGCCUACAUGAACACUAUUUUCAAAAUAUGUCAAGAUAUUGCCCACUCGAAGAAUAUCUGUCCAAAGUUCUGUGGUUUGUGUACGCUGGUGGAUGGUAACUGGGCGGAAUGGUCGCAAUGGUCAGAGUGUGACGUAACUUGUGAAACAGGUUCCCAAACAAGAAUUAUGACUUGCACUAACCCUGCACCUGCUAACCAAGGUAUCGAUUGUGUUGGAAAUGGGACUGAUACAAAACCUUGCACUAAGCAGCCAUGUCCCGUACAUGGUGGCUGGACUGAGUGGUCAGAUUGGGAAGCAUGCUCUGUCACAUGCGCCAUUGGUAUUCAGAGAAGGCAACGAAACUGCUUUAACCCAUUUCCUUCACGGUUCGGCGACCACUGCUUUGGGGUACCACUGGAUGACAGGAUCUGCAUGCCUGGACCAUGUGCAAAUGGUGGAUGGACUGCCUGGGGAAGCUGGACAAGUUGCAGUGCAUCCUGUGGUGGCGGACUACAUUCUCAUUCAAGGACCUGUACAAAUCCUAGACCAUCAAGGCUGGGACAGUCCUGCGACGGGGACUCGUUUCAGGUUGAACUUUGCAACAAACACAAAUGUGGGCAGGAUGUUGCUUUCAAUGCUCACUACGUGACAGACACCACUCAAGUAGCUGGACAGACGAUGGUAUUUACAACAGUGUUGCUGAACAAGGGAGCAGCAUACAAUAGCUCAACUGGAAUAUUCAUUGUCCCAGCUAAUGGAACUUACACAUUCAGUGCACAAAUUUGUACCUCUGUUAAGCAUGAAAUGCAUUUCUCAAUCAUGGCUGACUCUACAGCGUUAGUGUCUACAUAUGGAACAAAGUAUAAUACUUAUUGCGAAUGUCCUUCAGUACAAACUGUUGCUGUACUGAACAAAAAUCAGAAAGUUUUCGUACAAUGGCAGACAUUUUCAUCUCCUAAUAGAGUUGGUGUCUGUACAGGUAGAGUAUUUAUGAACUACUUUUCCGGAUAAUCAAACAACGGCCAAUAAGACUAAGAGGCUUUUGAAAACAUUUUUAAAUUCAUAUAUCUUCUAAAACUGUAAUAAUAACAGAUUAUUAAAAGAGUAUUGAAACA